AUGCCACAGACGUUGCGAGCGGAGAUUGAAUUGCAUCGACUGGUGCCACUUCGGACGCCUUUGAAUGCAACCUCCUGUUCGAGGCUUUCUUGGUGUGAAAGAGUGUGGCAGCAGCAGCUCCAAGAAGAGGAAGACCAAACGAGAGAGCAAGAGAAAGAAGAGGAGGGUCAGCAGACCAGCAGUUCACUAGCAGAAGCGGCGCUAAAUGUACGCCAGAUCCGCAUUCGAGGCUGCAUUAAAGACGAAAAGGCACAGCAACCGAGGUGCAGCUGCAGUGCCGCUCAUGGUAAAGUGCAUGGCAAGUGCAUGGCGAGCCAACGGCCAACGGUAGCAACGUGGAAGGUUUUUGCGAGAACAUCGAAGAUGAGAGCACUUGGAAGAGAAUGA